AUGUGGUGGGCCGAAGGAAUACGCUUCGGCUGCACGAGCUGUGGGCGAUGCUGCGUCCGCCGUGUGCCGGCGGCCUCCGCCCCACUGGCCAAAUCAGAGAUUGAAGGCAUGGCACAAGCUCUCAGUCUAUCGACUUCUGGCUUCCUUUCGAAGUACACAACGAAGAUGGACAAAUCAAGUGCUGUGGAGUUGAAGGUAGACUCCAGUUCUGGGAGGUGUCUCUUGCUGAGUGAUUCGGGCAAAUGCUCUGUGCACAAUGCUCGACCUGCAGCGUGCCGAACGUAUCCCUUCUGGCCUGAAAAUCUGGCAUCGCCGUACGAAUGGGCCAGAGAAGCUGUCCUUUGUGAAGGCAUCCAAAGCACCUGGUCCAGUGCCUCGAAGGAGAAGCCUCCGGUGGAUCAGCUGGAAACGACAGAGGAGAGCCUCACUUCCGUGCCAGCAAGAUCAGUUGAGGAUGAGCUAUUGGUAGAGGAGCUUCGCCUGGCAGGUCAUCUCAGCGAUGAGAAUUGGAGUCAUUCCGAGGCGAUGGACUACAUUGCCGAAUUGCGCGAGGCCAACAUGUCUGAAUUGGAAUUGGAGCCAAUGCCUGCUCCUCGCCAAGUGCUUUGGCACGAAGGUGGCCUGGUGGUCUUGGAAACGCAAGGUGGAGAGUCUGACAUCAUCCGCUCGCUUCAUUUUGAGUCUUCCAUUGGGGUGGUCCAGACCGAGGUUCGGUCCCGUCCAGAGGGCUUUGACUUUCGCCACUUGGCCUUCGAAGUGCAUGCAGCCUUCCUUCGUCUUCUGGAGGACAAAGCCGCGCAUUGCAACUCCGUCGAUGCCACAGUGGUGGUUCUUGGUGGAGGAGGUGGUGUCCUUCCCAUGGCAAUUCAAGACUUGGCUCUGAGGCAUCACUCUUUUGGCGCUUUGAAGUGCAUUCGUCGAAUCAUCUCUGUCGAGAAAGAUCCUGCGGUGGCCGAGCUCGGCAAGAAAUUCUUCGGUUUCCGAGAAGGUGGAGCUCAAGUAGAAAUCGAGUUGCGCAUCGAGGAUGCUCUGAACUUUUUUGAUGCUCCGCAGCCACUGGAUAUCCUUGCAAUCUUCGUGGACAUCGCCGGGGAAUUUCAUCGCUUCUCCAGUGGAGAAGUCUUGGCGCCCAGCAAAGAGUUUUUGCAGAGCAGCUUCGUCACCUCUGCUGCUGCAGCUGUGCGACCAAACGGGGUUGUGGUAUGGAAUGUCCUCUUCAGUGAACUUGGAGAGGAUGCCCUGCUUCAGUCAACACUGAAUGCACUUCAUGCUGAAGUACAAGAAGAGAGCUUCAGCAUCGUACCACAGGGGCCAAUCCGUCGGAGCUCUGGGGUUGCGCAAUGGCUGCUGUCCUCGCAUCCGCGAUGA